AUGGUUCUAACUUGGAACCGUUCGAUGUUUGUUGCCCGAGUUGUGCAACGCCGUAAACUGAUAAAUAACACCGGCUGCGAACAUUUAGAUCUUGCUACUUGGAGGCGACUAAAAGACCAACUGCACCUCCCACUCGCUGGAUUGCAGACAUUUGACGGACCUCCGUGUAAGGUACACGGAUGUUAUGAGUCAACCUUGGCGCAACAGGAACAGGGAAUCUGUCUAAUGAACCCAACUCAGGCUCUUAAGGCCACUCAAAGCCACCGUUGCCCCACGAAUUGGAAAGAACUGGAGUUUUGUUUCAUCUAUAGAAAGCGUCGAGUUGUCAGAACGGGCGGCCCUAGUGGACUCAAAAGGAUAUUUGCGUUGACUGGAAAGAUAACUGCAACUGGACACAACAUGGAGUUCUCGAAAGGGGUCAAAGAUCUCAAAGAGGAGAUCAGUGCUAAGGCUCCUCGUAUCGGUGAUUCCCGUGGAAAAGCCUACGGCACAAUCGUGAUCACAGUUUACGGACGUGUAGCUGACCCAUUCAAUGACUUGCAGUGGCUAGCCGAUGUGUCAAGUCAGUGUUUCUAUCCUCCCAGACAAGUCUGCUAUCAAUUUGUCGACACCGGAAGGAUGAAAGACUUGCCACAAGAAGGGAAAGGAACACUGAAGGCCAUAAAACUGAAGGCUUGGUUGAAGGAAGUGGCGCGUUGUGAGAAUCCUCGUUGGGAAAUUCGAUCACAAAGCCCGUCUCAAGAAGACUGCUAG